AACAACAAACCAUGCAAUAUUCUCCUCACCUCACCUUCAUAUAAAGUUUCCGGUGAUAUCUUGGCUAGCUGCAGACUCUGCUGCUCCUCUUCUUCUUCGAUCUUCUUCCUCCUGCGGAUGCAAGCUGGUGGAGUAAACUAAGAGGAGCAGAGCAGAGCAGGGCAGAGGAGACACUGCACUGACAAUGGCAGAGCACUAGAAGCAGCAGAGAGCUGGGCUGAGCUAAGCUAGGAAGUGGUUUCUUUAAGGGAAAGUUGUUUUUCCUGUGGUGGAUUCUGUGCUGACAAUGGCGGCGGCGAGACUGGCGGUUCUGGUGGUGGCGGCACUGGCUGUCGUCUUGUCCAGCGUCGGCAAUGUCGGCGCGGCUGGCGGUGAUGGUGAGCGGGGGGCGCUGCUGGCGCUCAAGGCGGGCUUCGUGGACCCGUUGGGUGUGCUUGGCGACUGGAAGGCUGCCGGCUCGCCGCAUUGCAAGUGGACGGGCGUCCGGUGCAACGCCGCCGGCCUCGUCGACGGGCUCGACCUCGCCGGGAGGAACCUGAGCGGCAAGGUCUCCGCGGACCUGCUCCGGCUGCCGGCGCUGGCGGUGCUCAACCUCUCCUCCAACGCCUUCGCCGCCGCGCUGCCCAGGUCGCUCGCGCCGCUGUCGAGCCUGCAGGUGUUCGACGUCAGCCAGAACUCCUUCGAGGGCGCCUUCCCCGCGGGCCUCGGCUCGUGCGCGGGCCUCGUCGCCGUCAACGGCUCCGGCAACAACUUCGUCGGCGCCCUCCCGGCGGACCUCGCGAACGCCACGUCGCUGGAGAGCAUCGACAUGCGCGGGGACUUCUUCAGCGGCGGCAUCCCCGCGGCGUACCGGAGCCUCACCAAGCUCAGGUUCCUGGGCCUCUCCGGCAACAACAUCGGCGGCAAGAUCCCGCCGGAGCUCGGGGAGCUCGAGUCGCUCGAGAGCCUCAUCAUCGGGUACAAUGAGCUCGAGGGGCCCAUCCCGCCGGAGCUCGGCAACCUCGCCAACCUCCAGGACCUCGACCUCGCCAUCGGCAACCUCGAGGGCCCGAUCCCGCCGGAGAUCGGGAGGCUCCCGGCGCUCACCUCGCUUUUCCUUUACAAGAACAGUCUCGAGGGCAAGAUACCGCCGGAGCUCGGCAACGCCUCGUCGCUCGUCUUCCUCGACCUCUCCGACAACCUGCUUACCGGCCCGAUCCCGGCCGAGGUGGCGCGGCUGAGCAACCUCCAGCUGCUCAACCUCAUGUGCAACCACCUCGACGGCGCCGUGCCCGCGGCCAUCGGCGACAUGAAGAAACUCGAGGUGCUCGAGCUGUGGAACAACUCCUUGACGGGUACCCUCCCGGCGUCGCUCGGCCGGAGCUCGCCGCUGCAGUGGGUCGACGUCUCGUCGAACGCCUUGAUCGGGGAGAUACCCGCCGGGAUCUGCGACGGCAAGGCGCUGGCCAAGAUGAUCAUGUUCAGCAACGGCUUCUCCGGCGAGAUCCCCGCCGGCCUCGCGUCGUGUGCGUCGCUGGUGCGGCUGCGCGCGCAGGGCAACCGGCUCAACGGCACGAUUCCAGCCGGGUUCGGGAAGCUGCCGCUGCUUCAGCGGCUCGAGCUGGCCGGCAACGAGCUCUCCGGCGAGAUCCCCGGCACCAUCGCGUCGUCGGCGUCGCUGUCGUUCAUCGACGUGUCGCGCAACCGCCUCCAGGGCUCGCUGCCGUCGAGCCUCUUCGCCAUCCCGGGCUUGCAGAGCUUCAUGGCGGCCGGCAACAUGAUCUCCGGCGAGCUCCCCGACCAGUUCCAGGACUGCCUCGCGUUGGGCGCGCUGGACUUGUCGGGAAACCGGCUCCUCGGCAAGAUCCCGUCGAGCCUCGCCUCGUGCGCAAGGCUGGUCAACCUAAACCUCCGGCACAACGGGCUCACCGGCGAGAUUCCCCCGGCGCUGGCCAAGAUGCCGGCGCUCGCUAUUCUUGAUCUGUCGAGCAACUUCUUGACCGGCGGCAUACCGGACAACUUCGGGGGCUCGCCAGCGCUCGAGACGCUCAACCUGGCGUACAACAACCUCACCGGGCCAGUGCCGGGGAACGGUGUCCUGCGCACGAUCAACCCGGACGAGCUGGCCGGAAACGCCGGGCUGUGCGGUGGCGUGCUCCCGCCGUGCUCCGGGAGCCACGGCGCCGGUCUGUCCCGCGCGCGCGGGGGCAGCGGCGCGCGCCUCAAGCACGUCGCGGUGGGUUGGCUCGUGGGGAUGGUCGUCGUGAUCGCCGCGUUCACGGCCCUGUUCGGCGGCUGGCACGCGUACCGCCGGUGGUACGUCGUCGGCGGCGCCGGGGAGUACGAGUCCGGGGCGUGGCCGUGGCGGCUGACGGCGUUCCAGCGGCUGGGGUUCACGUGCGCUGACGUGCUCGCGUGCGUCAAGGAGGCGAACGUGGUCGGCAUGGGCGCCACCGGCGUCGUGUACAAGGCCGAGCUCCCGCGCGCCCGCACCGUGAUCGCCGUCAAGAAGCUCUGGCGCCCAGCGGCGACGGACGGCGACGCGGUCCGCAACCUCACCGACGACGUGCUCAAGGAAGUGGGCCUCCUCGGCCGGCUCCGGCACCGGAACAUCGUCCGGCUGCUCGGGUACAUGCACAACGACGCGGACGCCAUGAUGCUGUACGAGUUCAUGCCCAACGGCAGCCUGUGGGAGGCGCUGCACAGCGGGCCGCCGGAGUCGAGGACGAUGCUGACGGACUGGGUGUCCCGGUACGACGUGGCCGCCGGCGUGGCGCAGGGGCUCGCGUACCUCCACCACGACUGCCACCCGCCGGUGCUCCACCGCGACAUCAAGUCCAACAACAUCCUGCUCGACGCCGACAUGCAGGCCCGCGUCGCCGACUUCGGCCUCGCCCGCGCGCUCGGCCGCUCCGGCGAGUCCGUCUCCGUCGUCGCCGGCUCCUACGGCUACAUCGCGCCCGAGUACGGCUACACGCUCAAGGUGGACCAGAAGAGCGACAUCUACAGCUACGGGGUGGUGCUCAUGGAGCUCAUCACGGGGCGGAGGCCCGUGGAGACGGCGGCGUUCGGGGAGGGGCAGGACGUCGUCGGCUGGGUCAGGGAGAAGAUCCGGAGCAACACCGUGGAGGAGCACCUGGACCCGCUCGUCGGCGGCGGCUGCGCGCACGUCAGGGAGGAGAUGCUGCUCGUGCUCCGCAUCGCCGUGCUCUGCACCGCCAAGCUGCCCAGGGACAGGCCCUCCAUGCGCGACGUGCUCACCAUGCUCGGAGAGGCCAAGCCACGGCGGAAGAGCGGGAGCUCUGCUGCCGCCGGUAAUGUCGCCGCCGUGGCCGUGGCCGCGCCCGUCGUUGACAAGGACAAGCCGGUUUUCAGCACGACGCUGGACUCCGUCUGAUAGAAUGAUUCUUUUUCACCCUUUUGUAUGUAGACUUUUUUCCCCCUUGAUUAAUUAAUUAAUUUUGAGAUUGUAUAAGCAACCGUUUGAUGUCAGGAUUAAUAAUUAGGCACAUAGAUAAACCAUGUAAAUUAAUGUAUAAGAAGGCCAAUAAGCACAGGUAUUCAUGGAA